AUGGCUCCGCCUCGCCCUCGGGCCAGUGCUGCCGAUACAGACGCGUCAAUGUCUGAUGCGCAAGAGCCUGUGUCUAAUCAUGCUGGGGAAAUGGAUGUUGAUGAAACACCAGAUCAGACUGACACAGAUACCAAUCCCAACACCACUGCAAGUAGUGUUGCCGGUGAUCAGAUUGCCGACGGGCGUAAGAAGCGCUCAGAAGUCAAUCAGCUUCGAAGAAGCAUAUUUGGCAAGAAACAUGACUUGUUAGGCGAGUCUAAGGAGGAUGACAGCAUCCGAAGAUUUCGUUACUUGUUAGGAUUGACCGACCUCUUCCGACAUUUCAUCGAAACAAACCCUAACCCCAAAAUCCGCGACAUUAUUCACGAGAUCGAUCGUCAGAACGAAGAAGCCGAUAAAAUAAAGAAGAAAGGUAUUCGUCAGGGUGGUGCAGAGACCGGUCGAGCCCGUCGUACAGAAGCUGAGGAAGAUGAAGAGCUACUGAAAGAUGAAAGACAAGGUGGAUCGGCAGAAACUGUGUUCCGUGAAUCGCCAGCUUUCAUUCAGGGCCUAAUGAGAGACUAUCAAAUUGCUGGGUUGAAUUGGCUCAUUUCUCUGCAUGAGAACGGAAUCUCGGGUAUUCUUGCGGACGAGAUGGGUUUGGGCAAGACACUCCAAACCAUUUCCUUCCUAGGAUACCUUCGUCAUAUCAUGGAUACCAAAGGUCCUCACCUGGUCAUAGUACCCAAGUCUACUCUCGAUAACUGGAAGCGCGAGUUCGCCAAAUGGACACCCGAAGUCAAUGUCCUGGUCUUACAAGGUGCUAAAGAAGAGCGACAUAACCUGAUUAACGAACGCUUAAUUGACGAGAAGUUUGAUGUCUGUAUCACGAGUUACGAGAUGAUUCUUCGUGAGAAAGCGCAUUUGAAGAAAUUCGCCUGGGAGUACAUUAUCAUCGACGAAGCCCAUCGCAUCAAGAACGAAGAGUCGUCUCUUUCCCAAGUCAUCCGUUUAUUCAACUCUCGAAACCGACUUCUUAUUACUGGAACGCCCCUUCAAAACAACCUUCACGAGCUUUGGGCGCUUCUAAACUUCUUGUUACCUGACGUCUUUGGUGACAGUGAAGCUUUUGACCAAUGGUUCUCCGGACAAGAUGCAGAUUCGGAAGUGGUAGUUGAGCAACUUCACAAGGUCCUACGGCCCUUCCUCCUACGUCGAGUUAAGGCGGAUGUCGAGAAAAGCUUGUUGCCGAAGAAGGAGAUCAAUCUCUAUCUCGGCAUGUCGGAAAUGCAAGUGAAAUGGUACCAGAAAAUCUUAGAAAAGGAUAUCGAUGCUGUCAAUGGCGCCGGUGGCAAGCGGGAAUCUAAGACUCGACUACUUAAUAUUGUCAUGCAGCUAAGAAAGUGUUGCAAUCAUCCCUAUCUUUUUGAGGGAGCUGAGCCUGGCCCGCCUUAUACGACCGACGAGCAUCUAGUAUACAAUUCGGGCAAGAUGGCUCUACUCGACAGGCUCUUGCGAAGACUACAGAAACAGGGCAGUCGCGUUCUUAUCUUCUCACAGAUGAGUCGUCUUUUAGAUAUUCUUGAGGACUACUGUGUAUUCCGUGAUUACAAGUACUGCCGAAUCGAUGGAGGUACUGCUCACGAAGAUCGUAUUGCAGCAAUCGAUGACUACAACAAACCGGACUCAGAGAAGUUCAUUUUCCUCCUCACGACUCGAGCUGGCGGUCUUGGAAUCAAUCUGACGAGUGCCGAUAUCGUUAUUCUCUAUGAUAGCGAUUGGAACCCCCAGGCUGAUCUGCAAGCUAUGGAUCGUGCCCACAGAAUUGGACAAACAAAGCAAGUAGUUGUUUACAGGUUUGUCACGGAGAACGCUAUUGAAGAGAAAGUUCUCGAGCGAGCAGCGCAGAAGCUCCGCCUUGACCAAUUGGUUAUUCAGCAAGGACGUGCUCAUCCUGGAGCCAAGGGUCCAGCAGCUAAAGAUGAGCUCCUCGAUAUGAUUCAGCAUGGUGCAGAGAAAGUUUUCCAGCAAAAGGGAGCUACGGGAAUAGCUGCUAAGGGUACAGAGCUUAACGACGAGGAUAUUGAUGAGAUCUUGACCAAGGGCGAGAACCGCACCAAAGAACUCAAUGCCAAGUAUGAGAAGCUUGGUAUUGAUGACCUACAGAAAUUCUCUUCGGAGUCAGCCUAUGAAUGGAAUGGCGAAGUGUUCGGGAAGAAGAAGGACAUUGGCGUGAAUUGGAUCAACCCCGCAAAGCGGGAACGCAAGGAGCAAUCCUAUUCCGUCGAUAAGUUCUACAGGCAGGCCAUCUAUGGUACUAGCAAGGCAGAAGCUAAGCCUAAAGCUCCCCGAGCGCCAAAGCAGGUCGCAGUCCAUGAUUACCAGUUCUACCCCCCACGACUCCGUGACCUCCAGGAUCGAGAAACCGCGUUUUAUCGUAAAGAAAUUGGGUACAAGGUCCCCUUACCUGACGGCGACGAAGAUAAUCUAUCGGAACGAGAAGCUGAACGUGCCUUGGAUCAACAGGAGAUUGAUAACGCUACUGCCCUCACUGAGGAGGAACAGGAAGAGAAGCAGACACUAUCGCUUCAAGGUUUCGGCGAAUGGAACAAGCGUGACUUCCAACAGUUUAUCAAUGGCUCUGGCCGCUACGGACGCCAUGACUAUGAACGAAUUGCGGAAGAAGUUGACAGCAAGACUGCCCCUGAAGUUAAGGCUUACGCCAAGGUCUUCUGGCAACGAUAUACCGAAAUCGCGGAUUAUAACAAGUACUUGCAGGUGAUCGAAUCUGGAGAGGAGCGUAUGCGCAAGACGGAGCAUCAGCGCAAGAUGCUUAGGAAGAAGAUGCAAUUAUAUCGAGUUCCACUCCAGCAGAUGAAGAUUAAUUAUUCCGUGUCUACGACGAACAAGAAGGUCUACACCGAGGAAGAGGACAGAUUCCUUCUAGUGAUGCUGGAUCGAUAUGGUAUCGAUUCUGAGGGUAUCUAUGAGCGAAUUCGAGAUGAGAUUAGAGAAAGUCCUCUGUUCCGAUUCGAUUGGUUCUUUCUUAGCAGGACGCCUAUCGAGAUCAGCCGCCGUUGUACUACACUGCUCACUACGAUUGUGAAGGAGUUCGAGGAUGCACACCCGAUCAAGACAAAUGGGGCCAACGGCAAGGGAAAGAGAGAGCCCGAUGACGAGGAGAAUGAUGAGGACAGCAUCCUUGGAAUGGCCCCCGCCAAGAAGAAGUCAAAGACCGGUGUCAAGAACAAAGCCCUCGACAACGUUAAAGGCGGCGGCAGUAAGACUACUUCUGCUACGCCAUCCACUCGCGCGUCCAGUGUGGCUUCUACCAACUCAACACCCGCGGCCAAGUCCAAGGCCAAGGGAAAGAAGAAGUAA